GCUGGCCCCGUCCCUGCCGCCUCGUUCAGGACUGGACUUUCUGCCGCCCGCAGUUGCUUUCCUGCGCGUCGCGCCCCGCCUCGCCGGCCUCUCGCGCCGGCCCUGCGCUCUCCUCCUGCGACCGACGCUCGGCGCUGCCAUGCCCGGCCCGGGUGCCGGCAGCCGGGCGCGGGUGUACGCCGAGGUGAACAGUCUGAGGAGCCGCGAGUACUGGGACUAUGAGGCGCACGUCCCAAGCUGGGGCAAUCAGGACGACUACCAGCUGGUUCGAAAGCUCGGGCGAGGCAAGUACAGUGAGGUAUUUGAGGCCAUCAACAUCACCAACAAUGAGAGGGUGGUCGUGAAAAUCCUCAAGCCAGUGAAAAAAAAGAAGAUAAAACGCGAGGUUAAGAUUCUGGAGAAUCUACGUGGUGGCACCAACAUCAUUAAUCUGGUUGACACUGUCAAGGAUCCAGUGUCAAAGACCCCUGCUCUGGUGUUUGAGUACAUCAAUAACACAGAUUUUAAGCAACUGUACCAGAUCCUGACAGACUAUGAUAUUCGGUUUUAUAUGUAUGAGCUGCUGAAGGCCCUGGAUUACUGUCACAGCAUGGGGAUCAUGCACAGAGACGUCAAACCCCAUAACGUCAUGAUAGACCACCAGCAGAAAAAGCUGCGGCUCAUAGACUGGGGUUUGGCCGAAUUCUACCACCCAGCUCAGGAAUACAAUGUCCGUGUCGCCUCUAGGUACUUCAAAGGACCAGAGCUGCUUGUGGACUACCAAAUGUAUGACUACAGCUUAGACAUGUGGAGUUUAGGUUGUAUGCUGGCAAGCAUGAUCUUCCGAAAGGAGCCUUUCUUCCACGGCCAGGACAAUUAUGACCAACUGGUUCGCAUCGCAAAGGUCCUGGGCACAGAUGAGCUGUAUGGGUAUCUCAAGAAAUACCACAUAGAACUGGACCCGCACUUCAAUGAUAUCCUGGGCCAGCAUUCCCGGAAGCGCUGGGAGAACUUCAUUCACAGUGAGAACAGACACCUGAUCAGUCCUGAAGUUCUAGACCUCCUGGACAAGCUCCUGAGAUAUGACCAUCAACAGAGGCUGACCGCCAAGGAGGCGAUGGACCACCCCUAUUUCUAUCCAGUGGUGAAGGAGCAGUCCCAGCCCAGCUCAGAAAAUGCUGUGCUCUCCAGUGGCCUGACAACAACACGAUGAAGUCUGGAAAACAAUAUUUAAUUCAAGAUGUUUACAAAUAAAAGCAAAACCUUCAGUCACACAGUGAAGGGAAAAGAACCAAGAACCCCCCCUCCCCUUCCCCUCCCUUUUAUACUUGGCAGAAAUCUAACUGGGGGGGGGGGGUGUCAUAAACCUCAGUUCCUCUCUGGUGGUUGUGGCUAAUGUAACUCUAAACAUGUGGUACCAAAGCCCUGGGCAAAUGGUCUUGCAAGAGCUAAACAUGUAGUGAUAUCCCCAGGGCUCAAUGCAACUGAUUCUGGUCCUUCCACCAUCAGCCCUUAACAUGCCUCUUUCUUAACAUGCCUUUCUGACUUGUAGACUGGAACCAAAUUCAGGCUGGGGGUCAGCAGGUGCAACUCUUGUUUGGUGGUCCAAGUCCUACUGCUCAUUCUGGGCUUGAAUUUGGCCCUUGAAUUCCAGUUUCAGUUGUUGAAUACUGGGGUGGUUGGGGGGAGGUUCAACAAAAAACAGCCCCACAAACCCAGCAGUAUCUCAGGAUUGGUUUGGAGCAUUAAAAUGAAGGUGCUGAUCCAUGUUUCUGGGAAGAGGUGAGAUUCCCCUCUCCAGGUAUGUUUGACAAGGGCUCUCUCUGAGAGGAAACUCAAUAGACCUGCUUUGAAAACUUGUGAAUGUGAGGGCUACUCUUGAGGCCAGAGAGAGGAGGGACUGUCCAGACAUUCCCACUGAGCUCAGGAAAAUCAGUGUUGCAAGAUUUCUUGUGCUAGGUGUGCAACCACGUACCUCAUGACGUGGCUGCUAUGAAAAUUCGUGCCAGAGCACAGUUCUGGAGCAGUUCAGUGCUGUAGGAUGGAGGAGUGGAGAGAGGAGGCCAGGGAGGGGGAAGGAUCAGCAAGCAGCAGCGUGGUCUGUUGGGGAGGGGGUUGUGCAGCUACUGAUCCAGGACUUGGGAUCCCACCUCCUGUUUUAACCAAGCCACCCAUUUGUUGAAUUCUGGGGUGCCAAUCCUGUUGCAGGGGGUAGGGGGUUCAUCUUGUGGGCUCUUUAAUCAAAUCCCUCAAUGGCUUUAUAGCCCCAUAGUUCACAGUUGCCUCCUCUACUUAUUCUAUGACUUCAUCAAGUGGUUCUGGUGACACUCAAACCUAGAAGCUGGAGAGUGUUUUCCCACCAGCACCUAAACACAGAAUUUCCUUCUGCGGCAUUGGCGAAAGAGUUGAUUUUUUUUAUAAGGUUGCAAUGUUUCUAUUUCACACAACUGUUUACAUUCCAUAUUUCAAUAAAGUUCUAUUGGCACCGAUAGCAGGUCAAUCCAUUUGUAUAAUUCACCAAAACAAAUAAAUAUCUAUAUGUCUGAA